GGUAACCCUUCAAAGGUUUCAAGCUUCCUAAUGGAGAUUCCUUGAUUCAAUUCAAAGAAAAUGAAAGAGAGCCUUUUCUUGGUGUCAAAGGCCAUGGCUAUUGUUGUCAAUUUCUCUUCCCAAGCCCUGAGGCAGAGUACAUUUCCCAGGGCCAUGGUAGACCUUGCCCUUUAUCCCUUGCCUUUUAAGCCUUCACGCCAACUUGAGCAAAUGAGGACGAAGAAGCAGCCGAACCGGGUGGCCAUUAAAAGGUGGGAAAAAAAUAAGUUUACCGACAACCGCGGAGUCUCUUCGAUCGUGUCAUCGUCAAACAUUGAUAGUGAUUCAAUUUCGGGUCAACCUUCUGCAGCUGAUACGAUCAAGCUUUUCUAUGAGUGCAUCAAUGAGAAAAAUCCUAAAAAACUUGGGGGUUUCAUCUCAGAAGACUGCUACAUCGAGGACUGCUCUUUCUUCAACCCAUUUAACGGGAAAAAGGAGGUUAUGCAUUUCUUCGAUCUGCUCAUGAGAAGCAUGGGUCAAAAUGUGAAAUUCAUCGUCGAACAUGUUUGUGAAGGAGAUGGCUUAACAGUAGGAGUAAAUUGGCAUUUAGAAUGGAAACAGACGCCGGUUCCUGUCACCAGAGGAUGCAGCUUUUAUGAAUGCUCGGUAGAAGGGGAAAUACUUGUUAUAAAGAAAGCUCGGGUUAUAAUCGAGUCACCUCUGAAACCAGGGGGAGUGGUGCUGGUCCUGUUGAAGAAUGUCACUUUGAUAUUUGAUGAGUUCCCGCAGGCUGCUGAAUGGUUGCUGAAGAGUCCAGAUGUUAUAAUACAAUCGGUAAUGAAGAUUUACAAUAUGUUUUUGGCACCUUUCAUAAACCCACUAGUGGCGAGCUACGUUAGAAUCUGGGAAUUCAUGGCUGGAUUGUUUGCUUUGGCCAUUAGAAUCGUAUUCUACAUAUCAAAGAUGUUAUUCAGGUCGUAGCUCAACCUUCAU